AUGUCAUUCAAGGACUUCCCGUUCUUGACCCCGGACGAGUUUUCCGAGGUGUGUCAUCACUUCGAUAGCCAAUAUUGCCGUGCUACCCUGGGUCCAUUACGGCAACGGUUCAAGUUGAGACUAUGCACCGCACUCGACACAUCGUUUGCGUCUGGCGUUGAAUACACAACGUACUUGCAAGUCAUCCGGCCGCUUGAGGCCACGCUGGAUUGUGGGGAUCUCUCCUCGGUUUUGGACAAGUUUUCUUUCGCAGAAGGCAGUUCGGAAGGAGACGCACUUGGGCUGGGCGAUGAGGCCAUGAUUGAUGCAGAGGAAUCUGACGAGGCUGCUCUCUCCAAACCCCUGGCACCGGACUCCGGAUACGUCGUCUAUGAAGUGCACCUACAUCCCACGUAUCGCAUGCCCUGUUUAUGGUUUACAUUACACGGGCUGCCAGCCGAUGAGCCGGCCUUCAAUCUCGACACUGUUUUUCGACGGCUGGUGCCCGAUCAGUUCAAGGAUGCCCUGCGGAGGACAGGCGGCAUCGGAGGCAUCUCUGGCGACCACCACCCCCUCACGGGACUACCCUCGUUUUUCAUCCACCCAUGCCUUCUUGGGGACGCCAUGUCGGGCUUCAACUGUUCCAGGGAACAGUAUAUGAUGCUAUGGCUCGGCCUGGUCGGCGGAUGCGUGGGGCUCUGGGUGCCUAAAGAGAUGGCCAUGGAGUCGACCGGCUGA